AGAGCGCACAAUCGUCACCGUCAGGAGAAGAGACAGGCUGAUUUUUUGCGAACUCUAGUUCCAAGGUCUGAGACAGAAUCAUGAUUUUUGCAGUGACAUUGAUUCUUGCAGUUGGGUACAUUAGUGCCAGCUCCGAUCCCUAUGGAUCAAACUGUUACAACUGUGAGUAUUCGCUGAAGCAGAGCGGUUACGGUUAUGGCGGCCAGUCUGGCUAUGCCCAGUGCGCCAACCCUGACGCCCCAGGUUCCGGCGUGGACGUCUGGGCCUGCAAGAGCGGAAGAUGCUUUACCAGAUUCGAUGAGUACAGCAAACGCGUGACCCGUGGCUGCUGGUCCGGCGAAGUGAACGUGAACCCCUACGCCUACGGCUGCCAGAAGCAGUACGACGGUCAGGUCUGGUGCUUCUGCGACGCUUCCAGCGGCGGCUACAAACCAUGCAACAACCACCAGUGUGACGCUUACGGCUGCCGUGACAACCAAUACGGUAACCAAUACGGCAGCAGCAGUGGAUACGGAAAGAACCAAUACGGCAGCAGCAGUGGAUACGGAAAGAACCAAUACGGAAGCAGCAACCAAUACGGAAAGAACCAAUACGGCAGCAGCAACCAAUACGGAAAGAACCAAUACGGCAGCAGCAACCAAUACGGAAAGAACCAAUACGGCAGCAGCGACCAAUACGGAAAGAACCAAUACGGCAGCAGCGGCGGAUACGGAGGAUACCAAAGCAGUGGAUACGGCAGCAGCGGCGGAUACGGAGGAUACCAAAGCAGCGGUUACGGACAGGGCAACCAAUAUGGAUACCCAUCUAAAAGUCAAGGCUACGGCAAGCGCCAUUAUUAAAUACAGGCACUAAUGGAUGAAUAUGAGGCCCACCUGGAAAACAGAAUGAAAAUCCGGUUAAACAGCUACGUUUUAUGGAUGAAGACGAUCCCUCCCCGACCAAGACGUCACAACGUUGACAUUUUAGGUGGUGACGUCAUGUAAUGCUUAUUUAUCAAUCACAGCUUUUGAUCUCACACAUGAUUCCAGGCGGAAUAUCAACUUGAGAAUUAUGUUUGAUUUUUUGAGAUUAUGUAUUGAACUUGCUUGAUUUAUGGCAAAUAAAACUGCAUUUCAAUUAUA